GCUGGUGGGAGCAGUAGAAACGGGCAGCGAUUCCAUUCAGUUACAAAUGCAUUAAAUUAACAAAAGACACAAAUGAACAGGACAGAGUCAAACUCCUUGGCUCUGUAUCUCCUGUGCUGAAUGGACGAAAUGGCCUCAGCAAAGGGAGGUUUCACAGAAAGCAGGAACUCUCCCUAGGGGAUGGCUGUGGAUGCUAGAAAAACUGAGAGCUUCCCAAGGACCCUGAAGCUGCUUGGAAGUGUCCCUGCAGGACUCAGCAGACCCAGUUACCAUGAUGGGGAAGGUUCCCUCAUUCUCUGUCAGCUCCACAGUGAGCUCCGCUCUGCCUGGCUAUGUCGCUCUCUGCCUCACUCUACAGGUUCACAGGCUGGUGUUAGCACAGUUCACAGUGAUUGGACCUGAGCAUCCAGUCACUGCUUCCCUAGGUGGGGUGGCCAUCCUGCCCUGCCACCUCUCCCCCAGGAUGAGUGCUGAGAACAUGGAGGUGGCAUGGUUACGAUCCCAUGAUUCUGCAGUGGUGCACCUGUACCGUGAUGGGCAGGAUCAGUAUGGAGAGCAGAUGCUGGAAUAUAGAGGAAGAACUGAGCUCUUGAGAGAUGACAUCACCAAUGGGAGAGUUUUCCUGAGAAUACGCGAUAUCCGACCCUCCGAUGAUGGGCAGUACACGUGUUUUUUUCAGUCCAGUGUCUCUUCUGAAGCAGCUUUAUUGGAACUACAGGUGGCAGAUUUGGGCUCUGAUCCUGACAUCUCUGUGGAGGGACAUCAGGACGGAGGGAUCCGGGUUGUGUGUCGAUCAUCCGGAUGGAACUCACAGCCUGAGGCUCAGUGGAGAAAUCUCCAGGGGAAGAUCUUACCAUCGGCCUCUGAAGACAUAUCCCAAGAGGCCAAUGGCCUGUUUCAAACAGAGAUUUCCAUUGUUAUAACAGAAGAGUCCAACCAGAAAGUGUCCUGCUGUGUCAGGAAUCCCCAACUCGACCAAGAGAGAGAGACAGCGAUUUUGAUAUCAGAGCUGUUUUUCCCGAGGAUCAAUCCCUGGAUGGUGGCUCUAGGGGUGAUCCUGUCUCUCCUGGCUGUUCUCAUGGCCCUGGCCAGUUACUGCUUCUGGAGACAACGCAGAGCGAAAGAAACUCUGCGAUCGGAUAAGGAGAGUGAGAAAGAGACCCUGCUGUCUGAAUGGGAGGGAGAGAAAGAGGCUCUGCGAUCUGAGAUGGAGAAACAGAAAGCGGAAUACGAGGCAGCGAAAGAACUGGGACUCACCAGAGCCCAAGGAUAUGCAGCGGACGUGACCCUGGAUCCAGACACGGCAAAUCCCUGGCUCGUCCUGUCUGAGGAUCGGAAACGUGUGAGCCGCGGAGACAAACGACGGACUCGGCGCAACAACCCCGAGAGAUUCGAUGGUUACCCCUGUGUCCUGGGCGCGGAGCGGUUCGCGGGCGGGAGGCGUUACUGGGAGGUGGGGGUGGGAGACGAGACGGGCUGGGACCUGGGGGUCUGUAGGGAAUCCGUGCGCAGGAAGGGGGGGGUCACACUCACACCGGAGGCUGGAUACUGGGCGGUGCGGCUCAGGGACGGGAGAUACGAGGCCCUCACCGACCCCCGGACCCCCCUCCCCGUGAGCGUCCGGCCCGGCCGGGUGGGGAUUUUCCUGGACGACGAGGCGGGCGAGGUCUCGUUUUACAAUGUGACUGACGGGUCCCAUCUCUUCACCUUCACCGGCACCUUCUCCGGGACGCUCCGCCCUUAUUUCUGCCACUGGUACGGCGCGGCUCCGCUGAUCAUCGCCCCGGCCGGGGGGAAUCUCGGACCCUGACACCGGCCCCGCGGCUCCUCCCGCCCCCCAGUGGCGGGGGCCGGUUCCUGCAGCUGCCGGAGUUUCUGCGCUGAGCGGACGCAGGAGGAGAAAACCGGGCCCCGGGAACCCCCGCCCCGGCUGGUGAGUGGGACCCACCCGCUGGAAGGAGCCGGACAGAUCCCCCCCGGGUUUGCCCCACCCCGGCACAGGGCGGUGCUGGUAAGAAAUGCGGCCAGGCCGCGAGUGGGUUUUGCUGCCCUCCCCGGCCCGGGGUAGCCGAUGGCGGGGGCGGGAUCAUUCACGCCUCACCAUUUUCUCCCCCGUGAAAUCUCAAUGCAAAAUAUGAAAAACAAAGUUUACUCGAAACGAGAAAAUGUUAUUGUAAAACCAAAGCAUUUCCACUGACAUUUCAACUGUGCUUCAGAAACAAGCAUCUGAACAUAUUUUCAGGAAUGGAAUUCUUGCCUUUUAUUUCUUGAUUCUUCCCUCAAAUCUAUAUUGAGGUUUAACUUCUCUCCAUGGCUUCACUUGUAUUUCAACUGUGUCAUUUCAGGAAAUCCAAACUAUGUAUCUUAUCAAAAUAAUUAUUAAAAACUGUCAGCCUGGGCUGUUCAGUUACAA